AUUUCAAAAAAGGGUUUUUUUUUGUGGAAUUGAUUGAGUGAAAAGGAAGGUAUUACUCAGAUUCUUCUCUUUCAGUGAAAAAGAAGGGAUUUUUAAAGGGUUUUGAGUAUUUUUUUUCUCUUCUUUCUUUGCAAGAAUGCUUUUUUACUUUCUGGGGUUUAAUGAUUUUGCUUCUAUGAUAUGAUUUUUUGCUUGUUUUCUCCAUGGAACUACUUUUCUCCAAAUGGGUCUCUGCUUUCUUGCUCUGUUGUUGGCUUAUCUUCUCUGUUGGGCAUUCAGUGGAGGGGUUACAUGGAAAUGCAAGAGUAAGAGCUGUGAACUUGGGUGGAUGGUUAGUUGUAGAGGGAUGGAUAAAGCCUUCUCUUUUUGAUGAUAUACCCAAUGGAGAUAUGCUUGAUGGAACACAGGUGCAAUUAAAAUCUGUGACAUUGCAAAAGUAUAUUUCUGCACAGAAUGGUGGAGGAAUGAAUGUGUCUGUGGAUAGAGAUAAUCCAUUAGAAUGGGAAACAUUUAAGUUGUGGAGGAUUUCUGAGUCAGUAUUUCAGUUUCGAACUUCUGAAGGGCAAUUUCUAACAUGCAGUGGUGAUGGAGAUAGUGUGACGGCAACAACAGAGUCUCCCUCGGAUUCAGAAACAUUCUAUCUCGAAAGGAACUUCAAUAAUAGAGUUCACAUCAAACUGAAAAGUGGAACUUAUAUACAGGCUUCAAAUGACAAUGUUCUCACAGCAGACUUUCCGGGGACACCAGGUUGGGAUGAUAAUCCAGCCACAUUUGAGAUGACGUUUGUGGCAAAGUUGCAAGGGGAUUACCAGCUUGCUAAUGGAUAUGGGCAUAACAAGGCAAAAGACGUUCUUAAGAAGCAUAGGAAUAGUUUCAUCACUGUAGAUGACUUCGAUUUCUUGUACAGACACGGAAUAAAUACUGUUAGGAUUCCUGUUGGCUGGUGGAUAGCUUCUGAUUCAAAUCCUCCGGCUCCUUUUAUUGGUGGAAGCUUAGAAGCUCUUGAUAAUGCAUUCUCGUGGGCGCAAGCUUAUAACAUUAAGUGCAUAAUCGACCUUCACGCUGCCCCAGGUUCCCAAAAUGGGAUGGAGCAUAGUGCCAGUAGAGAUGGCACAGUUAACUGGCAGACAUCUCGAGAACACAUCGCGCAAACAUUGGAUGCUAUAGAGUUCUUAGCUUCCAGGUAUGCUGUGCAUCCUGCCUUGCUAGGAAUCGAGCUUCUAAACGAGCCAUCUGCUGCAGAUGUCUCACUGGAUAUUCUGGUGCCUUUUUAUAAACAGGGAUACCAAAUUGUUCGAAAAUAUUCUUCAACAGCUUACGUGAUAUUUUGCCAAAGAAUCGGAAAUGCAGAUCCAUUUGAACUUUAUCAAGCUAACAUAGGCUCAUCAAACACAGUAGUUGAUCUGCACUACUACAAUCUUUUCGACAGAUACUUUGAUAAACUGACCUCGUCGGAGAACAUUCAAUUUCUAUACAAAAACAGACAAUCUCAAAUACAGGCUUUGAAUAGCGCCAACGGACCAUUGGUGUUUGUUGGUGAGUGGGUGAACGAAUGGAACGUGACUAAUGGCUCGUUAGCAGAUUACCAGGAUUUCGGAAGAGUUCAGUUAGAUAUAUACAAUGCAGCCUCUUUUGGAUGGUCUUACUGGACACUAAAGUGCAAAAAACAGCACUGGGAUUUCGAGUGGAGUAUUCGGAACAAUUAUCUUCAACUGCAACCAGGUAUGUAUGCAGGUACUUCACCAAGGAAGAUGAUACCUAGAGUUAUAUUGUUGCUUGGAUUGGCAUGCAUUUGGAGCUUUAUGCAUUAGAAGAACCAAAGAAGUCUUUUGAAUCCAGCGGUAUGAAUGAUGGAAUUGAGAAACAACUAUUCUUCGCGG